GUGUGACAGCGUUUUGUCCAGAGGGAAAGCAGGUGGGAACACGCUGUGCCGGGGAAGGCCCUCGGUGGGAUGCCUUGUGGAGCUGGAAGUGGGCAGGGGAUGCACCCAGGUUGACCCGAGGACAGCAAGUGCCAAAGCCCAGCCCUCACGCCCAGGGCGCAGGCUCCUUGACCUGGGCCCCACUGCUGCUCUGGCUGUGACAGCCUCAGCCUUGUCCUUUCAUACCGGGUCCAGCCCGGGCCCGAAACCCGCAGUACUCCCUGCAGGAGUUGGUGCCGGCCUGUGGCCACUGGCAGAAGGCAAGACUCAUGGUAGUCCGGGGUUCCAACCCUGGGAUUCAAUCAGUUUCAGGCAUCGCGUGAACCGAGUCCCUAAGCCGUGAGUACUGAGUCCGUGAGCGUCAGGACCGGGCUCGGGGCAGAUCAGUGGUGGCAGUGUGCGACUGCGGACACCAGUGUACUGGUCAUUUUUUGGCUGCCUCAGAGAUUACUCCAAAGCUUUUAAUGAUUUAAAGCGACUGACCAGCCGGGCGUGGUGGUGGUGACCGCCUACAAUCCCAGGGUCUCGGCAGAAGCAGGACGGUCCCUAAUUUGAGCCCAAUUUGGGCAGUUCAACGGUACCCUGGCUCAAAAAAAGCUGGGGAUUAAGCUCAGCGAAAAAGCCGUGGGUUCAAGGUCAGUACGAGGAAAACGAAACAAUCCAAAAAAGCGACACAGACCGUGGACGCCGCUGCGUGGGCGAAGCCAAUCACAGCCCGCAGACCUCGCCUUCCGGAGUCCAGUGGGCGCGGAGACCCGCCCCCGUGCCCGGGAUAAUUAAGGCGCGCCUACCAUGGGCGGACCAAUUAUGGGCACGCCCGCUCAGGUGAACCAAUAGAAGGGCCGGUUGUCCCGCCCUUCCCGGGCGUCCGUGGCGCGCGCGGCCGAAUCUCCCGCCAAUACCCCUCCGCCCGCGAAGACGUGACCAAUCAGUGCUCGGACAUCCGCGGCGCUGGCCGCCUGCAAGCCUGCGGGGGCCGGUAGUUCCUCUGGCUUUCCUCAGCGAAGCUGGCGCCGUCGUCCCGCUUACCUGGGGGCAGCCUCCGGCGGCGAGGUUUUGCGGUUCUGUACGGUCUCUGGGCCUCUGUCCAAGCUCCGUCCUCCCGCGAGGCAUGUUCACCUGAGCAGGCUUGCCCCCCGCCGGUGCGGGCCUAGUGGUCUCGCCCGGAUCCGGCGCGCGGGAGAGUCGAGGGGCGGGGCCUGGCGCACUUAAGGGCGGUUGGGGGCGGGCCUUGCUGUGAGACCGGCCGCGUCGGCGCUGAGAACGUCUUCUUUCGCGCUGCCGCUAUCCCUCAGUCUUCCGCCAUGGCCUGCCGGCCUCGAAGCCCGCCCGGGUACGCCAGCCCGCCAUCCCCCGCGCGGUGGAGCCUCGGGCGUAAGCGCAGAGCCGACGGGAGGCGCCGGAAGCCGGAGGAGGACGAGCGCCGCGGCGACUGCAGGCCUGAGAGCUUCACCACUCCUGAAACCCAUAAGCCCCGACCUAGGUGCUCAGACUGGGCAAGUGCAGUUGAAGAAGACGAAAUGAGGACCAGAGUUAACAAAGAAAUUGCAAGGUAUAAAAGAAAACUACUCAUAAAUGACUUUGGAAGAGAAAGAAAAUCUUCAUCAGGAAGUUCUGAUUCAAAGGAGUCUACAUAUGCAAUGCCUGCUGAUGUGGAAACAGAUGAAAGUGUCCUCAUGAGAAGACAGAAGCAGAUCAACUAUGGAAAGAACACCAUUGCCUAUGAUCGCUAUAUUAAAGAAGUCCCCAGACACCUUCGACAACCUGGCAUCCACCCAAAGACCCCCAACAAAUUUAAGAAGUAUAGUCGGCGGUCCUGGGAUCAGCAGAUCAAGCUCUGGAAGGUGGCACUGCAUUUUUGGGACCCUCCAGCUGAGGAAGGAUGUGAUUUGCAAGAAAUACACCCUGUGGACCUGGGGGAAAUGGAAACUGAAUCCAUAGAAAGCAGUUCUGAGUCCCAGGCGAGCUCACAGGAUAACUCUGAUGUGUACUCUGGCACGCCCACCAAAGUUAGACACAUGGAUUGCCAAGUGGAAGAUGAAUUUGAUUUGGAAGCUUGUUUGACUGAACCCCUGAGAGACUUCUCGGCCAUGAGCUAACUGCCACCUGGUGGCCACUGAGAGAAAGUUGCCUCCACUUGGCCCUGGGAGGGCCAGCGAGGCAAACGCAUGUGGUAUGCACUUCUACCUGGAUGGUGUCUCUGUUAAUAAUUCACUUAUCUCAUGAUGAGUUGUCAUUCUUGCCUUAUUUGUACAGUGUGUGUUCUGCAUGUUUUAAAAUGUAAAUGGACCUUAAUCUGUGGAAGAUUGAACCUGAAACAAUCUUGAUACAAACUUUAGUUGGUUAAUGCCCACCAAGCUCCUUGCUGUAACUGACGAGUGUGCUUUGUCAGUUACUGCUUGUCCAUGAAUCCACAGUCAGAUAUGCCUGGGUUGUGAUCGGACUGGAUUCAUGGGACCAAUUCAUGGGAAUUAGCUUUCUCUACAGGUAUCUGACAGUGUUCUCAGAGGCAGAAGUCUCGGGUGACUUUUUGAAAACUUAAUUUCUGGUCUUUUAUCAGUAUGUCAAACUAAGUUUUGUUUCUCAUAUAAAACUCUGAAAGUCAAAGAUUGUAAACUGGACUGUUAACAGGUUUUUAUAAGUUAUACAGUUUUAAUUUGGUACUUGUAAAUAGCCCUAGUUAGGAUCUUAACCUAUAGUACCUGAGAGUUAAGGGAAUGCAGAUUUAGAAAGAACUUUUUUUUUAACAGUCAUUUAAUUUACCGUGUAAAAUUGCUGUAAAUGAUAACAUGUACAGAUUCUGUGUUCAGAUAUUCAAUUGUAAACUUAAGACUGUUGUGUUUCUAUUGCUUUUGUAUGAAAUAAUACUGCAAAAAUAAAAAAAGGAACCUUCUUUAACUGAUUGA